AUGAGUAAUGCUCUUCUGGAUGAUUCUAGCCAGUGGCUGGAUGAUGGUGAUGACUUCGAUGUCUCGGCUCUUAUAGCUGCCGAGAGUCAACGUCAUGCGCCAAGCCAACGCUCUUCCAAAUGUCCCGCCUAUACCAUAAACUGGACGCUGUGUUCAAAAAAAAACCGACUAAAUAAGCUUACAGGAAAUGCAGUACAGAAUAUCCAAGACUAUCCCAGCGUUUAUUGGGAGACCAGCCUAGGCUCAGAGAUUGACGCGAUAGUGAGAGGAAAGGGUUUAGGAAAUAACUACGAGCCUGACGAAACUCAAAUCACCAUGACGAUCAAUGCGCGAGGCGAAGACGACGUCCCGAAACGGUAUACAGGUCUCAAUAUCAGUUGGAGCCAAAUCGAUGACCAAAUUGAAAGCUGGUCUGACCUUGUACAUAAGGGGAGGAAGCUCACUGUUAAGAUCAUCUUUAUAUAUAAAGAGACAGGUCAGCAUAUAGCAGCGAAGCGCAGCGGAAGAAGUGCAACAGCAGCUCAACUUAGUGAGAGAGCUUCCAUCCAGAACCGCGAAGGUUCCACAGAUGAGGUACCAAUCUGGGAACGCGUAUACGACCUCCUUGAAUGUCCUGGAGCUGGGUGUGAUGUAGGUCCAUACUGCUGGCGUAAUCCAGAUACUGGCACUCGCCAUGCAGUAGCAACCAAUAUCUUGUUGAAAAUUGUCGACUAUGUUGAAAAGGGCGGCAAAUUUAAUGAGCAUAGCGACCUUCCUAAACACUAUCGGAACGAAAUUCUGAAUCCACCAACAAAGCGGAAGCAGGGCGAUGUGCCACAGAUUAAUAUCACCAAUGUGAUACCCGGGGCCGAGUCGGCACCUCCAGCCAAGAGGGUUAAGAUUGAAGGCCAUCGGGAUAACGCUGUACGCCAGUAUCGCGAUUGGCAUUGCAGCCAGGUGGGCGAUGAGAGCUGGAAAAAGGACUUCCAUGCUAUUGCUGAUCUCACAUUGCGGGCACGACUUACUCUUGAGCGGAUCUUUGAGGCACAGGAUGAAGAGAUUCGGUUUUUUAUAUCCAAUAAGAUCCCUCGUGGUAUUGCGCACCAGUGGGUUAGUAUGGUGGAUAAGUGGCCUGAUAGUGAGCAAGUUUAG